AUGGUUUCAAUACAAACAAAUAUGGCUGAUGCUCAAGACCGCCAAUCUAUUCACUUUAAUGAACACCAUCGUGUUACAAACUUCAAGGUUGGCGACUCAGUACUGGUUCAUAAGGAUGCCUACAACAAUAAACCUUUUACCAAAUUCCACCACUUGUGGUAUGGUCCCUUCAAGAUUAUUGAAACAUUGGGUGACCAAACCUACAGACUAAACUCUCAGCUUGGUAAUCGUCGUACCAACACCUUCCACGUUCGAAGACUCAAGUUGUAUAACCACCGUCAAGAUAAUGCCUAUAAUGUUCCACAUACUGACUAUAAAAAUAAAUUACAUCUCAUCGAACGUGUUGUUCGUAUAUUCCGUAAUAGUACGUGUGAAGUCCAAUGGUCAAAUGCCGAAACAUGGGAUACUAGCAUCAUUCCACUCCACAUCAUUUUCAACUCUGAAUACCGUCACCUACUCGAUCCAUAUUAUAAUCCAUCCACACAAGAAAUUACCGUCACAUCCUCUUAA